UCACCAAAUACAUUCAGCUUUCACUCACGAGAGAACGUCUUCUGAAAGAGAUUUCUACAACUGAAACAAACACCUUCAGAGAGAAAAUGGAUCCAUGUGACUGCACCAAGACUGGAAGCUGCAGCUGUGGUACAAGUUGCAAAUGCACAAAUUGCCAGUGCACAUGCUGCCAGAAAAGCUGCUGCUCAUGCUGUCCGUCUGGCUGCAGCAAGUGUGCUUCUGGAUGUGUGUGCAAGGGCAAUGCCUGUGAUUCCAGCUGCUGCAAGUGAAGACAGGACUGAUACUACCACUCAGGAUGUACAUUCUGAUUUGAAUUUGCUUUGCAGGACAUAAUCUCUAAUGAAUUAUGAAUGAUAAAUAAUUAUUUUAAAGGAAAAGGUCAAUAAAUAACUGGACUGUA